CAUUGUUUCACAUACCCUCUAGGCAGCGAGAUUCAGCUAUGCCAACUGUCAAUACCCGCACCAUUGACCAUAUUGUGCACUUGACACCACCCGGAAGUGUCGAAGAGGUGUCGAGACAGUUCAACGAACUGGGCUUUGUCGUGCUGAAAGGCGGAACGCACGCAGAUGGUUUAACGGGAAAUGCACUAGUGCUACUUGGAGAUGGGACUUACCUCGAACUCAUCUCAUUCACUCAUCCUCCUUCACACUACCCUGGAAACUCCCCGGAACGCUCCAAACGAGACCAACAUCGGUGGUCUCGGAAGUCCCCCGGGUGGAUUGACUACGCAUUCCUGGGGAAUGGAGUACGAGAUCCCAGCAUUUCGGAGACGAUCAAUAAACGCGCAGAACAGGAUGGAAGCGGAAUCAAGUAUCUCCCAGAAGUAGAUGGCGGGCGAGUUAGGCCGGAUGGGAAGGUCUUGAAGUGGUUGAUAUCAGCUGCUGAAGGAGAGGAUCACAUUGGAGUGGUCCCAUUCUUCUGCGGGGACGUAACUCCCAGAGAGCUGAGAGUGCCGUCAGACUCCUCCAACACAAGGCACCCAUCCACCGUCACCGGGCUCGCAUUCAUCAGACUUGUGGCAUCCAAAGAGUCAUUCACGGAUGUUGUAAAGCAGUUGACAACCGUUCUCGUCGGAAACCCACCUCUUUCAACCAACGACACCCAAAGCAUCUGGGAACUCGACACGCCAGGCAAGCCAGGCUUCGCGCCCAAGAGACCAUCAUUGAUUGUCGAGGUUCCUACCACGGAGAAGGAAGGGUCUUUCCUCGCAUCUUUGGAGGGAGAUAAACAGGGAAUAUAUGAGGUCGGUUUCUACGUCCAGGCGCUGGGAGAUAGGCCUGCCGAAACCCAGACGCCGUACGGCAAAAUAAAGUUCAUCCCUUUGUGA